AGCCCAGAAGCGAAACGAUACAUCACUAAAGCAAAGAAGCCAUUUUGUGGUGUCGUUGUAGCGUUGAAUAAUGUUGACGAAAUUUCGUCUAUUUUACAUGGGGGUAUAACUUUUUGUUAUGUUUUGGGAAAGUAAUCAAAAUAAGCAUUGUGUAUUUCGUUAAUUGUGUCAAAUAAUUUAUAACUACUAUGGAGCUUAUUGUUCCUGAUACUUGUUAUAAAGUGGUCUGCAGUGGUUGCUUAAGCAUAGAUAGAAAUUUUACUCAAGUAAAUCAAUCUACAACCCUUUUUAAGUUGUUUCGAUCGCUUUUAGCAGAUUACGCGGGAGAAAAUCUUGAAGACUCUCUUAGUUAUUUUUAUAAAAUACAAGUAACACUGUGCUGGGAAUGUGUUGCCAUGUUAAACAAAUUUAAAAAGUUCAAACAGCAAGUUCAAACCGCGUAUGAGCAUUUAAAAGUAUUGUCCUUGACUCAAGCACAAGAGACUCUGGACCACACAUAUAUGGCCCAAUCUCUGUCUCCACUAGAGUAUUCAAUAAAAAAUGAUUAUGAUAGAGUCUACAUUGAUUACCAGGAACAUACAGAAAUCUGGCCUCAGCCAUACAUUACAAUAACUACUCAGGAUGUUAAAAAUGAGUCAUUUGAAGUAUCACAAGCACUUAGGGAUCACAUUACCUUGGGAACUGAUGAUCCAGUUUUAGAAGUACCUGAGCUCGUACUAAAAAAUCCGGUCACCGGUGCCUUAUCGCAUAUAGUUGUUGGGACAGAUGCUCUGGUCUCAUCAGUGGAUUAUAAUGUCAAGGGGGAAAUGACGGAACUGAUUGUUCAGCCCCAAGAAAACCUGCAAUCUAUUAAACCAGAAUCGAAGUCCAAAGAUGAGGCGAUGGAAGGAAAAUCUGGAUUUAUUACUGAGUAUAUGUCGCAAGAGGACAUGUUGGCAUCUCGGGAGGAAUUAAAGAAGAAAGUACGCUAUGUUAGCUCGGUGUAUAAGUGUGAAUUGUGUAUAUUAGAAUUUUACCUGCAACAACAGGUUGAGGAACAUUUCGAUGCGGCUCAUAGUGAGCGACCCGGCUGCACACCAUGCAAAAUUUGCUACGUAUAUGUCGAGUCGUCAAAACUGCAGGCACAUAUAGAUAAACACUACAUACGAUAUAUAUGUAAACUAUGUUCGCGAGUUGAAUAUAGUAUAAAAUUAAUAUCUCUUCACGUUAAAACACAUUUGGAUAAGAAAUUGCCUAAUAGUGUUAUACAAAUUGGAGAUAGCGACGGCGUGAAAAAGCGCCGAAAGAAAAAGUCUCAAGCAGUAGAAGAAAUAACAAAUCCUAAACCAGGUGACCUCAGAAAGUUAUUAUCAAAAACUACUAUCGUUGGGUACAAGUGUUUGGAAUGUGAUCUAUUUUUCAAAAACUCCCGCGCAAGAAAAAAUCACGUCGCGAGAUGUCAUAGAGAAGGAUUGCAAUGUGACCACUGUAAAAAACGAUUUGUGAACAGAACUACUCUGGUUACUCAUUUGAGACUUCACGAAGGGCCCUUGCCGCGCGAGAAAUGUCCCAUUUGUAAUAAAAUGGUGCGCGUGAUUCAACUAAAAUAUCACAUACAGAGACAUCAAAAUUCCAGUCGAUACGAGUGCUCAGAUUGCAAUAAAGUGUUCUCACAUCUUGCUACGUAUCAGGCGCAUCUUAAAUAUUCGCGUGCGCACGCGUCGGAUACAGUGUUUAAAUUUCAAUGUCCAAUGUGCCACAAGGGUUAUCCGACGAAAGACGCGAUGCAGGACCACUUCAACUACCAACAUUUGGGGAAAACGACGCAUAAAUGUCCGAUAUGUAGUAAGCCGAUCGCAUCAAAGGCCAAUGUUGAAAAGCACAUAAUGAGGGUACAUCGCGAGAAAAAGGAGAAACCGAAGAAUCAUAUGUGUAAUCUUUGCGGGAAGAAAUUUUCGGACAAAAAAGCCCUAAACCAACAUGAGGUGAUUCACUCAAUGGACAGACCGCUGACAUGCGAGAUCUGCUCACAAUCGUUCAAGCAAAAGGCAUCCUUAUAUACACAUAAGAAACGUGUACAUAAAGUGCAACCUCAGAAACGAGUCGUAGAAUUUAUGGAUAGAGAAGUACCUAAUUAGAUCAAGGUGCGUUUGAACCUAUACAGUUACUUUUAACUAGUGUCAGCUAAUCGGCUCAAGGCGGGCAAGAAAUCUAUGAAAUUUGAUGAGAUUAGAAUAACCAUUUCGACCGGCCAAUAUUCAGAGAAAAUUGCAGUUAAAUUUUACUCAUUGUUUUUGUAUAAAAAUCCUUCGUAUUACGCGUAUAAAAAAAUGCGUUCAGCUCGUUGAUGGUGAUCGUUUGAUAAGCACUCGAAAAGUCGAGUUAUGUAAAUAAACUACUAUAUAUAUAUAUAUAUAUAAAUUGAAUGAUUUAAAACACCGUUUGUGGCUUAAUUGAUAACGUACAAUGGUAAGCCGGACAUUUUAAAACGUCAGUGAAACCGAUGCAAAUAUGUGGUUUGUAAAACAAUUAUUUAGGCUAUUUGGCUGUAUUUUAGAUUAUUUAUUACCGACUAUAGAAACUGCACAAAUUUUUAUUUUAAAUUCCGUUAAGGCUAAUUCAAAUUAAAUAUUUAUAAUUUUAAGAACCUACCUCUUCUAGGCAAGAUGGCGUCGUACCUAUGACGUACCAUGCUUGUAAACAAGUAAACAAACGAAAUCAUUCUUAUAUCACACAAAUUCUUAUAGAAUUCUCGAAGGCGGAGAUAUAAUUUACGAGCAUGUAAACGCAUGUACGUCAUCAUAGAUUAAUCUGUGACCGGUUUGUGUCACGUGAUGUAUGAAUAUAAAUAUUUCGUAUUUUUGAUAAACUUAUGAUUGUUUUCUAGUAAUUUUCCUACAUAACGCUCAUUUUUUGAUACUGCCAAAUAGCCUAUUGUAAUAUCAAAUUUAAAUAAGGUCACGUGACCAUUUCCAUACGAAUUCACAAAGAACUUUUUUGUGGGAUAUAUAUGAAAAAUUUAAAAUUUACCUUUCGCUAUCACAUAGUAUAUGCAGUAUUUAAACUGAGUUUUUAUUUAAAUUAAUUAUUUGUAAAUAAGAAUCCCAUAUUCUAUUAAUGUACAAGACAAUCCUGUAAGAAUUACCUAUAAUAAUUUUCUCUUAAACGUAAAUCUCAACAUCAGUCAAAAUCCUGUUUUAUUUUCAAGUUUGACGCUUUUCACAAGCGCCCGUACAUAGCGUUUCCAAUAAUGUAUUUAAUACUUAAUAAAUGGCAGAAUUACCGCCGACCGGUAUUUAUAAUAACUGGAAACAUACGUUCUAUAUAUCUAUAUAUCUAAAGCUAAACAAAGAUAGCGCGAUUUGCAUAUUUAUUUAAAUUUUAAUAAUUAUUGGUUUUACCAUAGAAGUUACAGCGAACGGUCACAGUUUGACUUGAGACACGUUAUAUUUAGAGCCUCAAUGCAAUAUUCUUAACUGUUUUAUUGAUGAUGAUGAUCAUUAUGAAUUUAUAUAAGUUCCAAGAUUUUAUUUAAUAGUAUUAUGUAAAACGCUUAUAUAAAAGUAUUUUUAAUAAAAAUGUGUUUUAU